AUGGAGGAAGCACAGGAACCACAAAGGGGCGCCAUAAAAACAGCUCUUCGGUGAUGUUGUGCUAGUCACCUCUUACAACAGGAAGAAAUCAUCCAUAUGUACCAUGAGCACCAGGAAGACGAACAUACCGAUUUCCUGUUUUCAAGAGGCGAGCUUUUCUGAUAAAAUCAUGUGGUAUUUGUUGUUACUCGGUUAACAAUUUGAAGGUCAAGGUGGUGUAUAUACGGCAACUGUGCAGAGCGGCCCGGAUCCGUCGUCUUUUAAAUGAUCUGGUAUCAACUGGACUGUCCUUUGUAAGAGGAGGCUGAAUUGGUAUUGACAGAGCAAAAUAUUGGUCAGGAUGCACCGCAGAGGUGUGGGAGCCGGCGCUAUUGCCAAGAAAAAGCUGGCAGAGGCCAAGUAUAAAGAAAGAGGAACGGUCCUUGCAGAAGAUCAGAUUGCACAGAUGUCCAAACAGCUGGAAACCUUCAAAACCCACUUAGAAGAGUUUGCCAGUAAGCAUAAGCAGGAGAUCCGGAAAAACUCCCAGUUUCGUGUGCAGUUCCAGGAAAUGUGUGCUACCAUUGGAGUGGACCCUUUAGCCUCGGGUAAAGGAUUCUGGUCAGAAAUGCUUGGCGUUGGGGAUUUCUAUUAUGAGCUUGGAGUGCAGAUCAUUGAAGUGUGCUUAGCCUUGAAACACAGAAACGGAGGACUCAUUACUUUGGAUGAACUCCAUCAACGAGUACUUAAGGGAAGAGGGAAGUUUGCUCAGGAUGUCAGCCAGGAUGACCUGGUACGAGCCAUCAAGAAGCUAAAGGCCAUGGGCAAUGGGUUUGGGAUGAUCCCCGUGGGAGGAUCUUACCUCGUACAGUCAGUUCCAGCGGAACUGAACAUGGAUCAUACUGUGGUCUUGCAGCUGGCUGAGAAGAAGGGCUAUGUAACAGUGAGUGAGAUCAAGGAAAGCCUGAAGUGGGAAACGGAGCGGGCUGGCCAUGUUCUGGACCACCUGCUGAAAGAAGGUCUGGCCUGGCUGGACACCCAAGCUUCAGGGGAAUCUCAGUAUUGGCUUCCUGCCCUCUUCUCUGAGCUGUCCUCGCAAGAUGUCACACCUGAGGAGGCCAAUCAGAUGGUCCCUUGAAAUGUUCUGUUUUAGCAAAUUGGAAGGAAGUUCAAAUGGGAAAAAAGGUUAUUUUCUGCGUGUGAAAAGAUUUUCAAUGUAACCUGAAUGAGAUAUAUAUAUAAUAUACAUACACACACACACGUGUUUUUUUCAUAUUGUAUAUAUAUAUUUCUAAUUAAUAGAACAAAACAUGGUGAAUGUUAUAUCAUUUUAAAAAUUAAUUUAGUUUUUAUUUUAGCUGCAGAUUAAAGUUGAUAGCAAACAUUUUGUACUCAA